UGGGAGAGUGACGGUCACGCACGCACAACGCCAUACCUUACUCUUUCGUGCUGUGUGACUACUAAAUACCUUCCAGAGCGAGUCAGUCACAGAACAAUAGUGACCUCUAAUUCUUGCCUCAUGGCUUGUUUUGCUGAAAAGGUCACAGCCAUUUACCCUGCACACAGCUCUAUUCCCCUCAAACAUCUUAACAGAGUUCAACUGUGCAGACACGGUUUACGCGUUUCAGCUACGACACGCAGAGCGCUGUCCGUGUCAUUCAUGCAGAAGGAGCAACAGCACGACCCCAAUGUCCUCAAUCCCGUGAAAAUCCCAUCAGGCGGAGGGAGUAGACCAUCCGUCGGCGUCGAUCACGAGAUUCUAGGAAUAGACAUCGGAGGGACAAGCAUAAAGGCAGCGCCAGUUGACACCAGGACUGGCAAGCUGCUAGCUGAACGGUUUGUCGUGCUGACACCCAACCCAGCCACACCGGGAGCAUGUGCAGACGCCGUCAAUCAGUGUGCCGAGCAUUUUCAGUGGAAAGGAGCUGUAGGGAUUGGCGUGCCGGCAGUGGUGAAGGAUGGAACCACGUGGACAGCUGCAAACAUCGACAGCAGCUGGGUGGGAGCGGACGUGGAGGGCCUGUUCAGCCGGGUGACAGGGCUGCCAGUCACAGUGGUCAACGACGCCGAUGCUGCCGGCUAUGCUGAGCUGGGCUUCGGUGCAGGGUCGGGGGAAAACGAGCGCGGCGUGGUGUUCAUUGUCACCUUCGGCACCGGCAUUGGCACCGCCAUGUUUGUCGAUGGCAUUCUGGUGCCCAACCUGGAGCUGGGGCACAUGGAGGUGGACGGCGUGGAGGCGGAGGCGGCAGCAGCGGGCGUGCUGGUGGAGCGCAACAACUGGACGUGGCAGCAGUGGGCGGACAAGGUCACCUGGUACCUCGCCCACAUCGAGAAGCUCUUCUGGCCCUCCAGAUUCAUUGUGGGAGGGGGCGUGAGCAACGCGCACGAGCAGUGGCUGCACCUGGUGCGGCUGCCCAAGGGCACGCCCAUCCUGCCCGCCUGCAUGAAGAACGAUGCCGGCAUCAUCGGCGCCGCCAUGGCCUCCCUCGCUCGCUCCGUCUUUGCCAUCCGCCACAAGCCUCAGCAGGUGGAGGAGUACAUCCAGGCCUGACUGCACCCGGGCUUCCAUCAGCCCACACCAGCUGCUGUUGCUCUGUUUCAAUGUGCCGGGAUAGGUGAUUCCCUUGUGUUCUUGGUUUGCAUCCCAUCACCAGUGACUAAUUCCAUGAGAUUUCUACAGCAGGACUGUGUAACCCUGCAGUUCCAUCAACAGGCGCAUGGAGGUGAAGGAAUUUCACGGAAAGCAAUGAUAG